UACCCAGCACAGGCCCCACGCAGAGCCAGGCAGGGACAACGGCGCCGGCGCCGGCUCCUCCAAGGGAACUGGGACAGCCCUUCCAGUCCCCGGUCUCCGCCCCUUCACCCCGCCCAGCCCACGUGGUGGGUGGCCCCGGGGUGGUUUUGAGAUUGCGACUUCGGUGGACUCUCGAGUCCCGGCCACAAUUUCGCGAGGGCCCUGAGGAGAGAGGACAGCACAGGACGGAGACCUGGAGAGAGCAAGCUGGCUCUGAGCUUCAGUUUUCUCUCAGUCAAGCGGGCACUCAGAGGCACAAACUUACUUCCCGGCACUCUUUUGGGGAUUAAAUGAGGAAACGUUUAAAAACCGUCUGGCACAAAAUGGGGCAGUCAAGCCAAGACAGCACGCGGCGCCAUGACCACCAAGGGUCCCCAGUCGGAGCACCCCUCCGUGACGCUCUUCCGCCAGUACCUGCGCAUCUGCACUGUGCAGCCCAGUCCUGAUUAUGGCGGUGCUAUUGCCUUCCUUGAGGAGCAGGCUGACCAGCUGGAUCUGAGCUGUCAGAAAAUAGAGGUGAUGCCAGGCUAUGUGAUCACUGUGCUGACCUGGCCGGGCACCAACCCUUCCCUCCCCUCCAUCUUGCUAAACUCCCACACCGAUGUGGUACCUGUCUUCAAGGAACAUUGGCAUCAUGAUCCCUUUGAAGCCUUCAAGGAUUCCGAGGGCUACAUCUAUGGAAGGGGAGCUCAGGACAUGAAGAGUGUUAGCAUCCAGUACCUGGAGGCUGUGAGGAGGCUAAAGAGUGACGGCUGCCACUUCCCUAGAACCAUCCACUUGACCUUUGUGCCUGAUGAGGAGGUUGGAGGUCACAAAGGGAUGGAGCUGUUUGUGAAGCGGCCCGAGUUCCAGGCUCUGCGGGCAGGCUUUGCCCUGGAUGAGGGCCUGGCCAACCCCACUGAUGCCUUCACCGUCUUUUAUAGUGAACGGAGCCCUUGGUGGGUCCGGGUUACCAGCACUGGGAAGCCAGGCCACGCCUCACGCUUCAUCGAGGAUACAGCAGCAGAGAAGUUGCAUAAGGUUAUAAGCUCCAUCUUGGCAUUCCGGGAGAAGGAAAAGCAGAGGCUGCAGGAGAAUCCUCACCUGAAGGAGGGGGCGGUGACUUCGGUGAAUAUGACUAAGCUAGAAGGCGGCGUGGCCUAUAACGUGGUACCUUCUACUAUGAGUGCCAGCUUUGACUUCCGAGUGGCACCAGAUGUAGACAUGAAGGCCUUCGAGAAGCAGCUGCAGAGCUGGUGCCAGGAAGCAGGCGAGGGGGUCACCUUUGAGUUUGCUCAGAAGUUUAUGGAGCCCCGAAUAACAUGCACUGAUGAUACUGAUCCCUGGUGGGCAGCUUUCAGCGGGGCCUGCAAGGAAAUGAACCUCACUCUGGAGCCAGAGAUCUUUCCUGCUGCCACUGACAGCCGCUAUAUCCGGGCGAUGGGAAUCCCAGCUCUGGGCUUCUCGCCCAUGAACCGCACACCUGUGCUGCUCCAUGACCAUAACGAACGGCUGCAUGAGGCUGUGUUCCUACGUGGGGUUGACAUAUAUACACACCUACUCGCUGCACUUGCUAGUGUGCCCGCCUUACCUGGCGAAAGCUGAACCCCAUGCCUUCCAAUCCUUGCAGCUUCCAGCCCAGCCACUGCCAAGGAUCUGUUGCUCCUGCCCAGUAAUAAAGCCAGUGUUGGAUGGGAUCUUCUUUA